GUACGGCCCUCGCUGGUGCGGACGAGCUCCGUGAUGGUCUCCGAACGACCGAGGUUCAGAAGCUGCGACAGGAGCUCGCUGAAGGUACGAGAGAGUGCGAGGAGGGCAUGAACAAGGUGCCAGGCGAUGCGGCAGAGACCCAUGCCGCCGAGAGCCGUGCCGCGUGGCAGGAGCUUCUCAACUUGUGGCAGGAGCUGGCAUCGGACUUGGAGUCAUUGGCGGAG